GACCAAGAAAUGGAAAACUAACACCCACUAGCUGCAAAAAGAUUAGUGCGUCGCAAUCAUCUGCUUGUUUCGAUUCUUACUCAAACAUCAAUGGCACACCAGCAAUUUUCUUCGCAGUCCGCCAUAGUAGGCAGUGAAGAACAUGACCAGGAGGCCAUUGACGAACUAAUUGCUUCACUGCCCCAAAGGAAAGGCGUGGUUCAUCCUUUCCAUUCCCUCUACCAAAACUUCUGGUGCCCAACCCAAGUGCUUCCCAACGUGAUCGCGUUUCAGCGGCACUUCCAAGCCAAACACAAGGACAUUGUCCUGGCCUCUCAGCCCAAAUCAGGGACCACCUGGCUAAAGGCCUUAGUGUUCUCCAUCGUUAACCGUUCCCGCUUCGGCAUCUCCAACACACCCUUGCUCACUUCGAACCCCCAUGUCCUCGUCCCUGGCUUCGAGUUCCAAGUGUACAAAAGCAACCCGAGGCCCAACCUUGACAGCCUGGCAGAGCCGAGGCUAUUCCAAACGCACAUCCAUUACCCAUCGUUGCCGGAGUGCAUCAAGCAGUCGGACUGCCGAAUCAUUUACAUCUGCCGAAACCCAUUAGACGCUGUGGUUUCGUCUUGGCACUUCAACCUCGAGAUUGCGCAGUUGAAUGACCAGCCAAAGUGGUCCUUGGAAGAACAUUUCGAGAUCUAUUGCCAAGGGAAAAUAGCGUUCGGGCCCUUUUGGGAUCAAAUUAUGGGCUAUUGGAAGGAGAGCUUGGAGAGGCCACACAAGGUGUUGUUCCUCAAGUAUGAGGACUUGAAGGAAGAUGUUGAAGAGCAGCUGAAGAAGGUGGCCGAGUUUGUGGGUCUUCCCUUCACUGAGGAGGAAGAGGAGGGAGGUAUGAUUGAAGAGAUAGCCAAAAUGUGUAGCUUAAAGACCCUCAAGGACCUGAAGGUCAACAAAUCCGGCAUACUAUCAGCUAAGAAUAGGAAGAUUGAGAAUAGAAGCUUUUUCAGGAAAGGCGAGGUGGGUGAUUGGGUUAACCAUCUCACUCCUUCCAUGGUGGAUCGCCUCAAUAGCAUCAUGCAAGAGAAGAUGAGCCCCUUUGGAUUGGAGUUCAAAACACGUUGAGUGUUAAUUAAUUUCACUUUCUCGAUGUGUGUCAUUAGAAAUAGACGAAAUUAAUAAUGGAAUGAUAUGCAAUCCUCCUUUUUGGUGUAGUGUAGAAAACUCAAGAUUGAGAAGAGAAGUUUAUUAGGAAAGGCGAGCUGGGUGAUUGGGUUAACCAUCUCACUCCUCCUAUGGUGGAUCGCCUCAAUAGCAUCAUGCAAGAGAAGAUGAGCCCUUUUGGGUUGCAGUUCAACACAUGUUGAACAUGUUGAUUGCUUUCGACCCCUUCUUUCUCUAUGUAUAUAAGUAGAAAUAAAUGAAAGCUAAAUCGAAUGGUUUUCGCA